CACACUCGCUGGUCUGGCCCCAAAGGACGGUUCUGAAACCCGACCUUAGCAGCAGCACGCGGUGCAGAAGGAUGGUGGAGCUAUGGAUCUCGCUUAUUCGGAACGCUGCCUGCGUGCUGAAGAGCCUGCUCCCCGCAGAGUACACCAUGAUGCAGCCCCUCAUGGCCUUCCCCUUCCCCUUGUUCUGGUCUGGCGGAGGAGCGGGAAAGCUGGAGAUGUUCACGGGUCUGGAAGGCUUGAUAGGCGUGCUGCAGCUGGCGGGGGCUGGCUUCAACCUCUGCAAGGGCGCCAAGGGUUUAGCGGGCGGUGUCGUCAUGGCGGAGUACAUCGUCAGGUGGCGAAACGCUCUGGCAGAGUACGACAUGGGCGUGGAGGGUAAGGCGAGGGGAGUGGCCGCUCUGUCGGUCGUCCUGAAGCGGCAAGAUGCCGCCAACAACCGGAGGAUAAUCGCCGGCAUCUGCCAGCUGGUCAUCGGCACGGGGCUGAUAUGCCUCACGUGCUUUUCCUGGAAGCUUGUCGGGAUCAUGACCACGGCUACCGCGGUAGCGAUCCUUGAGGUUGCCCUUGCGGUUUUAUUGACCAUAGGCGUAACAGGCGUGUUGAGAAUGUGGGCCAUCAGCAACAAGGUUCAGCGCCUGCAGCAGAAGCCACCGGCAGAAGCACCGCCGGACGCGGACGUGGUGGAGUUAGUGGCGCCGCGGUCGGGGAGCGACAUGGGCGGGAAGUGGGAGCCGGACGUACGAGUCCCGCCGACCGUCGCCACAUUGCGCACAUGGAAGGCAUGUCUAGCAUCGAGAAGGCUGUCUCGAGUAGUCCUCUGGAAGACUAACCAGGCCAUCGGACAGGCCGCCAAGAAGCAGGCUGUUCUCGACGCCUUCUUGAUAUCGCUGAACGUGGCGGCUUUCGUGGGCUAUGGCACCAUCCCUCUCGACGUUUUCUUCCCCCAGCGGUCGCUGCUCACAACCUGGCUUCCUCCCGGACCGACAGCUUGGUGGGGCAACUUUGUGGGGGACGUGGCUUGGACGAUAGAGCCGAUAACCGUGUUCCUGGCGCCUUACCUCGUGCUCAGACGGGCCCAGCCCAGCAAGACCAAGACCAGCUAG